AUGGCGUUCGCUAAGACCGAGUACAAGCUGACCGUGCUGGGCAGCGGAGGCGUUGGCAAGACUGCAUUCACGAUCCAGAUGUGCUCGAGCCACUUCGUCGAGUACUACGAUCCGACGAUCGAGUCGUCCUACCGUAGGCAGGUGGUGAUCGAUGACAUCGCCUGCGUGCUCGACGUUCUCGACACCGCCGGUCAGGAAGAGUACUCGGCGCUGCGUUCGCAGUGGAUCCGGGGAGGAGAGGGCUUCCUCAUCUUGUACAGUAUCACACAGCGCACCUCGUUCGACGAGGUGGAGGGCUUCCGUCGCCAGAUCUUCCAGGUCAAGGACGUCGACGCUUCCGAGGCGCCUCCCAUCGUGUUGGUGGGCAACAAGGCGGACUUGACGAAGGACCGCGACGUGUCGACCCAGGAGGGCCAGCACCUGGCGCAGCAGUGGGGCUGCCCCUUCUUCGAGGCCUCGGCCAAGACGAGGUGCAACGUCGACGAGGCCUUCUUCGAGUUGGUGCGCAAGAUCCGCGUGGUGGAGGGCACGCCCGCGGUGGGCAAGGAGGGCGAAAAGAAGCCCGGCAGCAAGAAGCGCUCCGGCGGGACCUGGAAGAAGAACAGCUGCGUCCUCUUCUAA